AUGGCUGGGCGCAGCGAAGAUGAAAGUGUCAGCAAUAGUAGUGGAGAAUCAAGAAAUUCCGAUGAUGAAUCUGGCUCUGGAUCAGGAUCAGGGUCUGGUUCCAGCUCCAGCUCCUCAAGCAGCAGUAGCCAAUCAGGGAGCAGCGACUCAGGAAGUGGGUCAGACUCUGGCAGCCAGUCAGAUUCUGAUGCAGAAAAAUCUAAAGAGAAGAUUGAACUGCCAAAUAAGUCUAACAUUGAUGGAGCUGAGUUUUGGAAAUCCAAUCCUAGUAUCCUGGCAGUGCAGAGGUCUGCCAUGCUUCGGAAGCAGCAGCAGCAGCAGCAACAACAACAACAGAGACAAAGCUCCUCAAACAGCGAUUCUGGGGAUUCAUCAAGCAGCGAUGAAUCGGACUCCUCAAGUGGAUCUAAAACAAGGAGAAACUCUGGCUCCUCUGAUUCUGGAUCUGGAUCAGGGAGUGGGUCUGGGUCAGACUCCUCUGCACGAGAAAAAAGUGAGACGGCAUCAGAUUAUGAGCCCAGCCACAAGACAAAAAGCAAGAAACCUCCGUCGAAGGCAAAUUUUCGCAAUGGGAAAAAAAGUAGCUCCCACAAAAAGAAACCCCAAAAGUCUUCAUCUUCUGACGACGAAGAUGGUUACAAGGCAAUGACAGCUGGGCUACGGCGUCAGGCCACUGUCAACGUCAGCUACAAGGAGGACGAGGACAUGAAGACUGACUCGGAUGAUUUGGUAGAAGUUCUCGGUGAGGAUGUUCCUCAGCCUGAAGAAGAUGAAUUUGAAACGCUAGAGCGGGUGAUGGACUGCAGAAUAGGAAGGAAAGGAGCAACAGGCAGCCCGACAACAGUGUACGCUGUAGAAGAAGAUGGAGAUCCAAAUGCAAAUUUCAAUCCCAAUAAGGAGGCUGGUGAUGUCCAAUAUUUGAUGAAAUGGAAAAACUGGGCUCAUAUCCACAAUACCUGGGAAACUGAGGAGACACUUAAGAUGCAAAAUGUCAAAGGAAUGAAGAAAUUGGAAAAUUUUAAGAAGAAGGAACAAGAGAAAAAGAAAUGGCGUAAGUCAGCAUCUCCCGAAGAUAUUGAGUAUUUUAAUUGCCAAGAAGAACUGAUGGAUGAUCUGCACUCUCAGUAUCAACUUGUAGAACGUAUCAUAGGACAUUCAAACCAGAAAUCGGCAGCAGGUUACCCCGACUAUCUCUGCAAGUGGCAGGGGUUGCCCUAUUCUGAAUGUAGCUGGGAAGAUGGUGCACUUAUUGCUAAAAAAUUUAAGAAAUUCAUUGAUGACUACAUGAGCAGGAACCAAUCAAAAACAAUUCCUUAUAGAGACUGUAAGGUGCUGAAACUGAGGCCCAGAUUUGUACCUAUGAAAAAGCAGCCAUCCUACAUAGGAGCAGCUGAUAGACUAGAACUGCGUGACUAUCAGCUCGAUGGUUUGAACUGGAUGGCCCACUCUUGGUGCAAAGGCAACAGCUGCAUUCUUGCUGAUGAGAUGGGUCUUGGAAAAACCAUUCAGACCAUCUGUUUUUUGAACUACUUGUUUCACGAGCACCAACUAUAUGGACCCUUCUUACUUGUGGUUCCACUGUCGACUUUAACUUCUUGGCAGAGGGAAAUCCAACUCUGGGCUCCUCAGAUGAAUAUUGUUGUUUAUCUGGGUGACAUCAGCAGUAGAAAUAUGAUCCGGACGCAUGAAUGGAUGCAUGUUCACACAAAACGAUUAAAACUUAACAUUCUUCUCACCACGUAUGAGAUUCUGCUCAAAGAUAAGGGGUUCCUUGGAAGUGUUAGUUGGGCAUUUAUUGGCGUUGAUGAGGCCCACCGACUGAAGAAUGAUGACUCCCUUCUAUAUAAAACCAUGAUUGACUUCAAGUCCAAUCACCGGCUGCUGAUCACAGGAACACCGCUGCAGAACUCGCUGAAAGAACUCUGGUCCCUGCUGCAUUUCAUCAUGCCAGAAAAAUUUCACUCUUGGGAGAGGUUUGAGGAGGAUCAUGGCAAAGGAAGAGAUUCAGGAUAUGCGAGUCUGCACAAGGAGCUGGAGCCUUUUUUAUUGCGCAGAGUCAAGAAAGAUGUGGAGAAGUCUCUUCCAGCUAAAGUAGAACAGAUUCUUCGUGUGGAGAUGAGUGCAAUUCAGAAACAGUAUUACAAGUGGAUUUUGACAAGAAACUACAAGGCUUUAAGCAAAGGGACAAAAGGCAGCACAUCAGGCUUCCUGAAUGUUAUGAUGGAGCUGAAAAAGUGCUGUAAUCAUUGUUAUCUUAUAAAGCCCCCAGAGGACGACUUUAUAAGCAGAGCAGAGGCUUUACAGCAUCUAAUUCGCAGUAGUGGGAAGUUGGUUCUUCUGGAUAAGCUGCUUCUUCGACUGAAAGAGCGAGGCCACAGAGUGCUUAUAUUCUCUCAGAUGGUACGAAUGCUGGACAUCUUGGCUGACUAUUUACGCAGUCGCCAGUUUCUGUUUCAGCGACUAGAUGGCUCCAUCAAAGGAGAGAUGAGGAGACAAGCACUGGACCACUUCAAUGCUGAAGGUUCAGAAGAUUUCUGCUUCCUGUUAUCAACUCGGGCUGGAGGACUUGGUAUCAAUCUGGCUUCUGCUGAUACUGUUGUUAUUUUUGAUUCCGACUGGAACCCUCAGAAUGACCUCCAAGCCCAGGCUCGAGCCCACAGGAUUGGCCAGAAGAGACAGGUGAACAUUUAUCGACUAGUUACAAAGGGCUCGGUUGAGGAGGAGAUUAUUGAAAGGGCAAAAAAGAAAAUGGUUUUAGACCAUCUUGUUAUUCAGCGAAUGGACACGACAGGAAAGACAGUCCUACACACAGGUUCUGCUCCCUCCAGUUCAACUCCUUUCAACAAGGAGGAGCUGUCUGCAAUCCUCAAGUUUGGUGCUGAAGAACUUUUCAAAGAGCCAGAAGGAGAGGAACAAGAACCUCAGGAAAUGGACAUAGAUGAAAUUCUCAAGAGAGCGGAGACUAGAGAAAAUGACCCUGGCCCUUCAACUGUUGGAGAGGAGCUGUUGUCGCAGUUCAAGGUUGCAAAUUUCACCAUGAUGGACGAAGAGGAGCUAGACAUUGACUCUGAGCGGAGCCAGCGCAGUUGGGAUGACAUCAUUCCCGAGGAGCAGAGGAGGAGAAUGGAGGAAGAGGAAAGACAGAAGGAGCUGGAGGAGAUCUACCUGCUGCCACGAAUGAGAAAUUGUGCCAAACAUAUAAGCUUUAAUGCGAGUAUGGGUCGGAGUAGGAACAGACGGUAUUCUGGGUCAGAUAGUGACACCAACUCUGAUCGAAAAAGGCCAAAGAAACGAGGACGCCCUAGAACCAUUCCACGUGAAAAUAUCAAAGGCUUCACGGACGCUGAAAUUCGAAGAUUUGUAAAGAGUUACAAAAAAUUUGGUGGACCACUUGAAAGACUGGAUGCCAUUGCACGAGAUGCUGAACUUGUGGAUAAAUCUGAGCACGACUUGAAACGCUUGGCAGAGACGGUUCAUAACGGCUGUCUGCGAACACUACGGGAAAACCCUUGCGGACCAGAAAAAACCUCAGGAGGAAGAAGAGGAAAGGUGAAAGGCCCUACCUUCAGAAUAUCUGGUGUUCAGGUCAACGCUAAACUGGUUAUAUCCCACGAAGAAGAGUUGGCGCCACUCCACAAGGCCAUUCCAUCUGAUCCAGAAGAAAGAAAGAGAUAUAUGAUUCCAUGGCACUCAAAGGCCGCACACUUUGACAUUGAGUGGGGUAAAGAGGAUGACUCCAGCCUCCUCAUUGGAAUCUACGAGUAUGGAUAUGGAAGUUGGGAGAUGAUUAAGAUGGACCCUGAUUUGAAUCUCACGCACAAGCUCUUACCAGAUGACCCCGACAAGAAGCCUCAAGCAAAACAAUUGCAGACCCGAGCAGACUACCUCAUAAAGUUACUGAGCAAAGACCUGGCCAAAAAGGAAGCCCAAAAAUCAUCAUCUGCAAACUCACGAAAACGGAAACCUAGAAACAGAAAAAACAAAACCAUUAAACCUGGCAAAGCAGAAGAAGUAAAGAGUCCAUCCUCAGACCCUCCUUCAGAAAAGAUGUCCGAGAACGAGGAGGAUAUCGAGGAAAAGGACGAUGUUCCAGUGAAACUCCAAAGCAGACGGAGUCGCCCAGAGCGAGUGGUGGUGAAAAAAGAAGAGGACGAGGAGGAGGCAGAGGAGGAGGAGGAAGAUGAGCCUGAUGAAGAUGAGGAUAACUCUUCCUCGGGGGAGAAAGAGGUCAAAGACGAAGAAGUAAAGAAAGAGAUCAAAAAGGAAAAAAGGGACGACUUCUGGGAUGUAAAAGAAACUAAAGACGUGAAGGAGAAGGACUCGAAGCCCCCGGAGACAGCUCACAAACUAGAGGAGCUUGUUGAAAAGUCUGAACUUAAGAAUGAGAGCAAAGAGCGGCCGAAAAAACUCUCUGACACGCCACUCCACAUAACGGCGUGUGGCGAACCUGUUCCAGUUUUUGAGGAGUCUGAAGAGCUGGACCAGAAGACUUUUAGUGUGUGUAAAGAGAGAAUGCGUCCCGUGAAAGCCGCUCUGAAGCAGCUGGACCGACCUGAGAAAGGACUGUCGGAGCGUGAGCAGCUUGAACACACGCGGCAGUGCCUCAUCAAAAUUGGAGAUCACAUCACAGAGUGUCUAAAGGAGUACUCCAACCCUGACCUCAUCAAACAGUGGAGAAAGAACCUCUGGAUAUUUGUGUCUAAAUUUACCGAGUUUGAUGCCAGGAAACUCCAUAAACUCUACAAGCAUGCCAUAAAGAAAAGACAAGAGAAUGCACAGGCAAUGGAUCAAAACACUAGAGGUUCUAACACGCACUCAAGUUUGAAACAUGCAGACAUUGAAAGGCUGAAGGACAAUUCUCACCAUGACGACAGUAGCCGGGACAGCUACAGCUCGGACAGAAAUGCUUCUUCAGGACGACAUCAUGACAACAGCAAGGACAGGCAAAGUUCAGAGCUCCAUCGAAAAUCCUCAUCAGGAGACUCCAGAAAAAGACCAUAUUUAUCCUUCAGCAAUGGCAAAGACCACCGAGACAGAGACCACUACAGACCGGACAGCAGGGAUCGGGAUCGGGACCGACAAGACAGGUAUUACAGUGACAGUAAACACAGGAAGAUGGAUGACUACCGUUCAAGAGACCAUCGCCUGGAUAUGAAGGAUCAUUCCCACCCGGACCACCGCUCUUCUUACAGAUACCACUCAGAGCGACAGACAGAGCGUGCUGCAGUUAGCGGGCCGCGCUCGCCUCGGGACCAGCGCUCGCCCUACGAGUCCCGCUCGCCCCUGGGGCACCGCUCACCUUUCGAUUACUCGUCAGACCACAAAAGCACACCAGAACAAAUCUGGAGCAGCCGGAAAACAUAA